AUGACGGAAUCGGGGAACAGUUCGGGCAGCCCUCGGGCUCAGGAAACUUCCCUGUGUAUCCCGACGUCUCUGCAUGCUAGAGCGAAGCGAAGAAUCGCCGUUCUUGAGGAGGAAGUCGAAAUUUUGAAACAGGACAAGGUAACAAAGCAAAGGAAGACAACCUAUUACGUCUCACAGGGACGAGCAAUCCGCCGUAUGGUUGCCCUUUAUACUCCCAUAGAAGACCUUAUCGCCGAAAAUGACCGGCAUUGUGAAGAUGGCGACAGUGACGCUACUAUCGAACAAGACCGCCACCAACGUGGCUACAUCGAACUCAGCAAGACGUUACCAUGGAUUCACCAGAAGCUGACGAGUCUCGACCACGAGGAGUCGGAGGAUAUGCUCAGAAAGGGUGGCGUGGACUCAGCUCGUGGUGACGACACGGGUACUCUCAAGGAACUUGUGGCAUCGUGGGUGAAUAUUGACUGUCAUCCAACUCCGCUCAUUAGGACCGACGACAAGCACCACCGAGGCUUCGUUAAUGAUGCAUGCGGUCGCAUGCUCUGUCCAGCGGAAUGGCGUUGGGACGACCCAGUCGUCAGGGCUGGGAUUCGUGACCGUACCACUGCAUACAUCGUCUCUGAGAACUCAUGGCCGUUGUUCAUGUAUGAAGGCUAUGAAGCUUCCGUCAAGAAUCUCGAGCGCGGUCUCAUGAAGUCAAAAUUGUUAGUUAUGGGAUUCAAGGCCAUCUUUACUUCUCCGUCCUCUGCUAAUGAGGCAGAUGGUGACUCCCCGCGCGAUUGCCUACACUGCUUGCCAAGUACGCUCCGAUUCUUGCCUCUGACUAUGAAUUUGACAUUAUUUCUGCUGGUCCGAUUUGCUCUUUCAAACAUCACCUCCUGGCGCACUGUAGAUGCAGACUUCGAUUAUCAACUGUUCUGGAAUAACAUCGUAGAUUUCUUUGAAGAUCCGCCAGGUCCAGCCGCGCGAGCUAGGGUACAUGCGCUCCUGGAGUGGUGGACAAGGCAAGUAUCUGACUGUUAA